AUGGUUUCAAAUGUUUCUUAUACGUCUGGACCAAUUUUUCAAGUUGCAUACGCAUAUCGUGGUAAUUUAUUUGUUGCUGUUAAUGAAGAAGGAAUUGUUGGAAUUUAUCAUGUGGAUACAAAAGAAUGGAAAACUCGAUGGAUGGGACAUGAGAAUGCUGUGUUUGAUGUUAUUUGGACUCAUGAUGAUAAGCAUAUUGUUACAGCUGCAGGUGAUUUAGAAAUACGAGUAUGGAAUGUUGAAAGUGGGAAUACAAACCCAUUUUUAACAUUUCAAGGUCAUGAUAUGAGUGUGAAGUGUGUACGUCAAGCACGAGAAAAUGAGCACAUUUUUGCAUCUGGUGGUCGGGAUGGAAAGAUUUUACUAUGGGAUAUACGUACAAAAGGAACACCAAAACUUGCCAUUGAAAAUGUGCAUGCUGAACAAGAAAUGACAAGAAACGUAUCAUCAUCAUUCAUGUCAUCGACUUUAAAACGUCGACGUCUAACUUCCAACUAUUUGACUUCUUCACGUAGUGUAACGUGUGUUGAAUUUGGAAGAAAUGAAUAUGAAAUCUUUUCUGCUGGUGCUGUGGAUACUGUGGUCAAAUGUUGGGAUAUUCGACGAAUUAAUCGAAUCAAAAAGAAAGAAAUGUCAAGACCAGUAUAUGAAUUUUCGUGUUCAAGUCAAAAAGGUGCACGUCGUGGUAUUUCGUCUUUAAAACUCUUGGCUACACAACAUGGUACAUCGCGUUUACUUGUUAAUGUAUUAAAUGAUUCCGUUGCUGUGCUUGAUCUUGGAGUAAAUGCACGAAAUUGUCAACCGAAAACGAUUCUUCGAUGUGUUGGACAUCGAACUACGUCAUUUUACAGCAAAGCCACGUUUUCAACAGAAGGAGAUUUUAUUGCUGCUGCUUCUGCAGAUGGUCUUGUAUAUGUUUGGGAUGCACAUUUAAGAACUUUCAUUGAAAGGACAUGA